GGUAAACAGGUGCUCGCAAGAAAACCAAAACGGGUUGUCAAACAAAAACAUGCACAAAAACAGAAUAAGAAUCGAUGAAAGUUAAGAAAAACGGGUGGACUCGGAUAUAUAUAUCGGAUACAGGGAAUUUGUUGCAAAUGGUGGUAUUUAUCUAGACUUUCAGUACCAAGUGGUUGCUAAUCACCACUGACUGGUAACCAUGGCAGCCCCGGCCCAAGAUGCGGAGAAGACAGAAGAGCAGGUGCAGGCACUUGCCAUCGCAAGAAAUGCACUUAAUUUCAUUGAAAAGUUUGAGCGGUAUGAUUGCCAAGAAAUGCUUGGAUAUAUGCAGACUCAUUGGAUGUUGUCAACAGAAGAUUUCAGAUAUCCCACAGACCCACCCAUGGGACUUAUCAGUAAUAUAAACCCUCAAAAUUCUAAUACAUGUGUAAUACUCAUUCCUGAAGAGGAAAAUGUUCAACCAUUAGAUUAUCGUGAACUUCACCAGAUUGUUCGAGAAUUGACUAUGGGGUUGUUUGUGUUAAAUCAGACUCCAACUUUGUCACUGGAGGCAAACUUUGACCAAAGUACAACGUGCCAGUUACCACCUGCUUACCAGGACACAAGAAUAGGUCAAAUAAUGAUCAAUGUUGACUAUAUGAUGAAGGCAUUAUGGCAUGGUUGUUAUUUUCCAAAAGAUAAACGAACAAAAUUUUCAGAAAAGUGGCGAUCUAGUCUAGAUGUAAAUGCUAAUGGGAAGCCAGAAACAAAGAAAACAUUGAUAACAGAGUUCUUACGGAGUGGUCUCACAGAUGUAACGAAGGAUCCAGAUUAUGCUUCAGUUUAUGACAAACUGCCAGCAGAAACUCCCGGAGACCAAGAGAUGGCCGAGGAGCGGAGAUUCUUCAUGUCACAUGUAGAAGAUCUUAUGGUGCAAAUGACCCUUUUUCAAAACAAUGUCACACAUUAUAAGGAUUUAUUCUUAAUGGACUCAGACUGGGUCGUAUCAAGUGUUGUUAAAAUCCUUGAUGAUAAACUUGACCAUGUGUCUUAUGAGCGUUUGAACUCGAGACUUCAGCUCCAUGAACAGUUGAUCAUGGAAAAUCUAGCGAACAAGUCGGAGAUUCGACGGCAGAUUUACCUGUUAAAGUUCAUCAGUUAUAUGGUGCCGUUCCUAAUUGGUAUGAAGAAACGGAUGAAGAUUCCAGACAUCACAAGAUUAUUGCCGAAUCUCACAGAAGCACGUUACCGAGGAGGGCGAGGCUACUCUCAUUCCUCAACAUCACCCUACCACAGCAGUGAUGAGUGUAGAACAGAAAGAGAGUUACCUCCCUUGAUGUUGAGUCAAGAUUUCAAGUGCAAGAAUUUCAACUUUGGAAACCACUACUUCCACCUACAUGGAGGUGUAAUGAUAGACUUAGAGACAGACCAGUUAGUUGAGAACCCUGACAUGUUUGAAGGCGUUUAUGAUAACAUAAUGAAAGAUGCAACAACGUAUCUUGGCAAGGUCCUCGACAUGGAAAACACACUGAUGGACCAUUACAAAGUUCCCAUGACAACUAUUGAUGGCAAGAACUACUACGUAAUUUGCCUGGACUUUGAGACCUUCUAUCCAACCAACCCGCAGAAGCCCCUGUGGGUGAAGGUGUACCACGAGGAGCUUAACAAGCUCAAACCAAAGAAGUUACCCAUGAGUGAUAUUCAUCUUCAUGAGCAGUUCAAGAAAUAUUUUGGCUAUAAGAAAGCCAUCAAAUGCAAGACCCCUUACAAUGGUUUGAAGGAGUGUGCAAAGAGAGGAUUGGUGGCCAUGUUUUCUGCUUUAUGCAGGAAAAUGAUGCAGGCUUCACGUCUCGGCAAACAGGAUGAACAUGGUCUGUCCUUGCUGCACUAUGCCGCAAUGAACAGCCACCCACAAAUAAUUGCAAUGUUGCUGAUACAGUCAAUGGAUGUAAAUGUCCGUAGGAACAACAUUAUGGGAACUGCAUCGCGAGCUGGAAGCGCUACUCAGAGUAAAGAUAGAGAAGUGAUAAUGUUGACACCACAGCCAGGGUCACAAGGUCCUACAGCAAUACAUGUGGCUGCGAGAUGUGGGGCCCUGGAUACUGUAGCCUGUUUACUGGCUAACUAUGCUAAUAUACUAGCUACUGAUCAAGAUGGUUGGGCACCAAUCCACCAUGCAGCUUUCUUUGACCACAACCCAGUUGUACGACUGAUGAUCAGAAAAAAUAAAGGCCUGAUGGAGCUUGUUACUAGAAAUGAUUUGCGAUCCACUCCUAUCUUGCUGGCAGCUAGUUCAGGGGGAUUGUCAGUACUGAAGGGUUUGAUCCAGCUGGGUGCUGAUUAUCGUAGACUUGAUGGCGAAGGCAACGGCAUCGUAAGUCUGGCUGCCUUACGGUUUCACACAAAUAUCCUAGAGUAUUUGAUUGAGUGGAACAACCCUGAUGUGCAUGUUUGGGAAAUUCUUGUGGGUAUGUUGAACAGUGAUGACCUUAAGAAGAAAGACAGUUCUGUAAAAUGUCUGGAAGUGUUAUCUACAUCCAAGCCAGAUCACUGGAGGUCCAUUCUUGAUGCAGAGGGUGUACCUGCCUUAGUGAACCUUCUGAAGAUUGACAACGAGGAGCUUCAGUGUGUUGCCGCAUCUGUAUUAUGUAACAUAUCGGAGCAAACUGAAGUCCGGCAAGCACUUACACACUGCAGUUCUGGUCCAAUAUUGAUAAAACUUUUGUCGUCCCCUGUUGACGAUAUCCAGUCUCGUGCAGCAAUCAUUCUGUCAGAUUUAGCUUGCGUGGAAGGGAACCAGGAGCUGAUAGCUUCGGAAAAUGGAAUAGAACCGUUAGUGAAUCUCAUGGAUUCUGAGUUAGAGGACGUAUUAGUGAAUGCAGUAAAUGCUAUAAGAGUGCUUUGUGAGAGUAACCAUACCAAUAAAACUGCAGUGUCAGAGGCUCAUGGGCUGGAACCAUUGGUGGAAUUUCUUACAGUUGAUUCACGUAAGUUUACUAAAACACUGACACCUCUUGUUGACCUUAUCAAAGGUAGGAAUGUCCGGGUACAGGUGAAGGCUGCUAACGCUCUAGAGGCCAUGGCAACCAAUAACUUCAAGUGCCAGAAAGCUUUCCUUGAACUUGAUGCACCUAGAGUUCUCAUCAAACUCUUAAAGAAUAUAAGUGUUGAGGUGAGAGAACAGGGUGCUUGUGCUCUGUGGUCUCUGGCUGGACACACCAAAACUCAGGAGAAAUAUAUUGCAGAGGUAACAGGGAUUACACAUAUACACCAGAUGUUGUUGGAGCCGACAGAGAAACUGCUUACUGUUGGAUGUAUGAUGUGUAUUGCGCUUGGUCGGGAAAGUAUCGAGAACCAGAACAGACUGUCACAGGCAGACUGCUUCUCACAACUUGUUAGGCUGCUUCGUAGACAUAAAAAUACUUCAACUAAAGUUAUGCUGAUGGUUAUAAAGGUGCUUGGAAUACUCUGUGUUGGUGUGGCAUACAGAAAUAACAAGACAACACAGAACAAGAUUGCAGAGGAAGGAGCCAUACCUCUACUUGUACAACAGCUGAACUCCCCACUGUCUGAGGAGGUCCAAGUUGAGGUUGCAAUCUCCCUUGGUUGUAUCAUACUGAGCAAUACCAAAAACCAGGACAUGUUGAAUGAUGAGCCAGACUUCAAGUUUGACGUCCUUCUUGACUUACUCAAGUCAAAAAAUACAGACAUCAGAUUACAGGCUGGUAUGGCGUUGACUAUAUUUGCCUUCAACAAUACCCCACAACAGUAUGCUAUACGUGAGGCAGGUGGAAUCAAGUAUUCAGUGUUUGAACCUUUCAUCGAUUCACUGGAUGAGUUCCAUAACUGUUAUGCAGCUUUCCAGAUUGUGGUACUGGCUCGUGUGAUAGUAGACCGUGACCAGGUGUCACUUACUGCUCAGGGUGUCACGUUACUAGUAAAGAAAUUAUCAUCAGAAGAUGAUAAUGUCAUAGUAUUGGCAAGCAGUCUUAUCUCCAGUCUCUCACACACACGUGCCGGCAUUCCUGAUGCCAUGGUAACAACUGGGGCAAUUGACGAGCUUGUUGAGAAAUUAUCGUCUCCAAAUGAACAAGUUCGUAGCGCUGUUGCUGUAGCACUAGGUUACCUGACGUUUAACCGGACAGCUGCUAGACUGCUGCUUAGUGCAUGUAGAAAUACUCCAGGACUACAUAAAAAAUUGAUGGAUAAUAUUGGGAAAGAUGCAAAAAUCAGUGCAGAAUUUAUAGAAGAUUUUAAACGGGCAAAGACAGUGGGAUUACCUUCUCAGUGCCUUGAAAUAAAUGGUGGCUAUCCCAUUAUCCCCCCUAGCAGGAUAGGGGUCAAUGGCCAGCGUCCCAUGACAACACAACCAAGAUCUCGAAAACAGGAUCACAACACACUGAAUCGUGCCGUCUCAGCACCAGCACGUGGGAAGAAAUCUCCAAGUAUAGUAGCCAGUAGAUCCAAUGAUGACAGUCGGCCAUCAUCUAUAAUGACACGCCCAUCAACAGCAUACAAGUCCCGCCCUGCAUCUGGUUCAGAAAAAUCUAUCAGGAUUAAUGCACCAUCACCAGAUCACCAGUUUAAAACAAGACUCAAAGCAUGGAGAGAAGAAAAGUGAUGGAUAAAUUGAAUAUAUUUUAUAUAGAACUUUUACAUUGCUUACUUACUGGCAAUACGUCAACAGAUUUACGUAGUCUAUAGUUAUUCAUAGAUAAACAUUAAAUAUGAUACAGUGCAUUUUAUUAUGACAAAUGCUGGGAUGUCCGCACAGAAAAUUUAAUGACUUUCCAGCCACAGCAAUAGUUAAGUAUUGCUUUAAGUGAAUAAGUAUCUUAUGAUUCUAAUUUAACACACAUACACAGAAGUGGACAAAUAGAGAAAAAAAACAUUUCCAUUCGAAUGAAAAGGAAGUUAUGAAACUGAAAUGUAAAGAUUUUCUAAAAAUGUUAUAGAUGUUUAAAGAUGUUUACAUUUCUUUUAAAAUUAUUAAAAUGCAAAAUGUAGUGUGAUUUUACUCCCAAUAGCUUUGUCUAAAAUAUUUAUUUUAUCAUGUCUGUAUUUGUUAUCUUUUCCAUUUAAAAUGCUGUAUUGACUCGGGGGCAUGGCCAAAACCAGCUACUGCACUGUAUAAAGUUCUUCACAUAGGCAACUUGCUCAGGGGCAAUUUAGCAAUGCGAUCCAGUUGCAGAAAUGUACCAAUGUCUAAAAUCUAUAAAAUUUGAUAACUCUUCUCAUGGGGAAAUCAUAAAAUUAUUGUAAUAGUUGCUUUUGUUAUCUGUGGUCAGUAUUUUAAGGUUGUUAGAUUCCUAUUCAGAAGUUGUUCAGCAGAGAUCUACCAUGACUUAAGGAGUGUAAUACUACUCUGCAAAGGGCUGAAACUGAGCGUAUUUCUAAAUGCAAAUCUAAUACUGUAAAAUCAUUUAAUUUCGUGGGCAUGAAAUUUCGUGGUUUUGGUCAAAACGGCAAUUUCGUGGGGAUAUGAAUUCGAGGAUUUCAACUUUUAAACAUAUUAAAAUGAAUGGGAAUUUUACUUGUUCAUUGGGAUUAAAUUUCGUGGAUUGACUAAACCACAAAAUCCACGAAAAUUAGUCCCCCACGAAUAUUAAUGAUUUCACAGUAACAUUUUUAUUACAAGCACAUGCUUACUCUUAGACCUGUUUUUGAUAAUGUUUUCUGCAUUUAUAAUAAUUAUGGAGUUACUGUUACGACACUAAAAUUCCAGUUUUUGAUCAGUGUUACAAGUUACUAAGUGGGAUAUAAAUACAGAUGUGUUGAGUGUGAAGAUUCUGUCACAUUACAAAGGCAGUGCUUGUCUCAAUAUAAAUAUAUAACAAGUAAGUUUGAUUGAUUUUUUUUAUUCUAGUUUUUGUAGUUGUUUUUUAGUGUUGAUAAUUUCCCCCUUCGUAAGCAUAUGGACUGACUAUUUUGUGUGUGUUUUAUGUACAUAUAAUUUUGGCAUAAAGAGAUAACUGUGAUAAUAAAAUUAUACUGUUGAAACACUUAGCUUCUCAUAAAUUCACAAUGUACAUGCUGUAAAGUCCUGUUAGUUCAGAGUUUGAUUUUUAAGGAUUUGUACAUUUUAUAAUUGCUUGAAACCCUUAUCUUCAUGUAUCAAAGAGGAAAGCCUCAAGAUUUAUGUCUGAAUGAAUGUUUGGAAGUUUCAUAAAUGAGCCAUGCCAUGAGAAAACCAACACAGUGGCUUUGGGACCAGCAUGGAUCCAGACCAGCCUGCCCAUCCACACAGUCUGGUCAAGAUCCAUGCUGUUCACUUUCAAACCUUAUUGCAAUUAGAGAAACUGUUAGCGAACAGCAUGGACCCAUGCUGGUCGCAAAGCCACUAUGUUGGGUUUUCUCAUGGCGCGGCUCAAAUAUUAGUUUGUAAUUAUGUAUAAAGGGAAUAAGAGGGAAUUCUACACAGUAUUUAUUUAUGAUUAAAAAGUGUCUAGUAUGUAAAAUAAAUUACAAAAACUCUUCCUAAAAUUAGCUAACACAGUAAACAUUGAAAGACAUAUAGCAGAAUUUAGGUGUAUUUUACGUUUAUCGUAGAAUACAAACUUGAGUGAUUUUGAUAUUUGAAUUUUGAUUCUCCACACGUUUUUAGCUUACCUGAACUAAAUAUUGUAGGUGAGCAGUUGGUAUAUAUGGAUGUUAAGGCUCUGAUAAACAGCUUGCAGGAUGUCCAUCACACAUUCACAGACAUCCCAACUCUCCCGAUCCGAUCGGGUUCCUCCCGAUUCUGGUUGUAAAACCCGAUCACCCCGAUCAGAAGUCUCAAUCUCCCGAUUAAAAAAAACAACAACAAAACAACAUAAACAACAAAAAAAACACAAAAAUUAUGAAAUAAUCCACUUCUUUGCGCCUAUCUGAUACUGUAUCACUACUGACGAGUCUGUAAACAACAGCUUUCAGAUAUUUUCGCACCUUCUACCCGUGCUGAUUAUUGUUUAUUACACGAUUUAACAAAGCCAGGUGUUGAUUAAUGUGUCACAAUUGAAAUUAAAAUCCAGACAUUAGAUAUCUAAUUAAAUUCAAUCAAAUUUAGAUUAGAAAUUAUACUGGCUUUACCUUUUUCUGUAACUUUUUUGAAAUCGAAAGUAGAUGGUCGCCGAGUCAACCUGCUAGGUUUUAAAAAACAUUUCUCUUAAAUUAUUUUGAUAAGAGGAAAUGUCAUGGUAAAUUUUAAUAUCUCUUGCUAUCAAAUGCUGUUAAACUGUCUUUGCAUCAUAACAAUUUGUCAAACACAUCCUUUUAACUGGAGAUUUAGGCAAAUCUACGAAAGUGUAACAAUACCCGGACAUUCAAUUUUGGAUAACAGAAUUUUGAUCAAUAAAAGUAUUUGAGCCAGGGGUUUUAAAUACUGGUUGACAGGGAUGAGAAUCAAACAGUAAAUUUUCUAUUGCUUGAACUUUUAUUCGUUUAGCUAUAUACAUUUUGUUUUUACAGUUCUAACAGCUGUACUGUUUGUCAUGUAAAAUUCACCUGGGGAGUCUUCUUUCCAACAAAAGAAAUAAAAGUGCAGGUUUAAUUGUCAGUGGUGUUUUGAAUUUAGACAUAGUGCUUAAAGUGCCAUAACUAUUUAAUUUUGCACAGAAGGCUUCAUGUAUUAUUGUUCCAAAACAUUAAAAAUGCAUGAAUAAUAAGAUAUAGACAAGUGAAUUUUUUUAAGACUAGUGAUUUUACAAGGGCAAAUAAGUUUAUAUUAUCAUUAGAUUUGUUAAAAGCUUCGUUAUCAUGAACAUAAUUACCGCGGUAUAAAAUCUCCCACUUGAACACCUCAAUCUCCCACUUUGGAAAGCAGAAACUCCCACUUGGCAUUCAGAAAAAGUUGGGAUGUC